CAUCGGAGACCCCGGAAGUGGCGUCGUCAGUGUUUGGUUGCUGGCGCUGACUCCGGCGUUGCGAUGGGUUGCGACGGGGGUACAAUCCCCAAGCGGCAUGAACUGGUCAAGGGGCCGAAGAAGGUUGAGAAGGUUGACAAAGAUGCUGAAUUAGUGGCCCAGUGGAACUAUUGUACUCUAAGUCAGGAGAUACUGAAACGACCAGUAGUUGCCUGUGAACUUGGCAGACUUUAUAACAAAGAUGCCGUCAUUGAGUUUCUUUUGGACAAAUCUGCUGAAAAGGCUCUUGGGAAGGCAGCAUCUCACAUUAAAAGCAUUAAGAAUGUGACAGAACUAAAGCUUUCUGAUAAUCCUGCCUGGGGAGGAGACAGAGGAAACACGAAAGGCGACAGGCACGAUGACCUCCAGCGAGCACGUUUCAUCUGCCCCGUGGUGGGCCUGGAGAUGAACGGCCGACACAGGUUUUGCUUCCUUCGAUGCUGUGGUUGUGUGUUUUCCGAACGUGCCUUGAAAGAGAUAAAAGCAGAAGUUUGCCACACAUGCGGGGCCGCCUUCCAGGAGGAUGAUGUCAUUGUGCUCAAUGGCACCAAGGAGGAUGUGGAAAUGCUGAAGAAAAGGAUGGAGGAGAGAAGACUGCGAGCGAAGAUGGAGAAGAAAACAAAGAAGCCCAAGGCGGCAGAGUCUGUUUCCAAACCAGAAGUCAGUGAAGAAUGCCCAGGGCCAUCAAGGGUGAAGACAGGCAAGCCUGAGGAACUGGGUCCUGAUACUAGAGAGAAGAAAGCCGUCUCAGCACCCAGAAGUACAGCAACUAAUGGGAAAGCCGGGAAGCCUCCCUGUGGGGCUGUGAAGAGAUCCAUCGCCGACAGCGAAGAAUCCGAAACCUACAAGUCCCUUUUCACAACUCACAGCUCUGCCAAACGCUCCAAGGAGGAGUCGGCACACUGGGUCACCCACACGUCCUACUGCUUCUGAAGCCCAGCUCAGGCUUCUUCCCCAGCCUAGGCUCCUCUGUGUGGUCCUGGGGACUGUGUUGUCUCUAGUGUAUUCGGUUUAGAUGGUGUCAUAAAGUUGUCCUCACCAACCUUCAAGACUGUGGUCACUCUUGCUGUGAGGGUCCUAGGGAGGGCCAGGGGCUUGCAGAGUGUCUGGCAGCCUCUCCCCAGCCCGCAUUCACACCUGCCUCUGCCUGCAGCGGGUGUGGCCCUUUCCACGGCCAGGCCGUUGUGGGUUGUACUUUGUAAGCUUGCAAUAAUGGAAGGCUCUUGUGCGUGGCUACUUAUUUUGACUAAAAUUUUAUUGUUUUGCUGCUGACAGUCAAUUAAGUAAGCAAGUGAAAUCACCUUAGGUGAAUUCAAACACAGUCUGGCAGCAGGAGCCUUUGAAGGAAACCAUUCCUCACUCCAGCCCUGGAAGAAGCCGGGGCCCUGCUGUCUGGCAUUAGGAGAGUCUUCUCUCAUCAUUUUGGACCUAGCAGAGAUUAGUUGAGUUCUGAAAGCUUUGGUGCAGAAUAAAGCACGCCUGCCUUUGCUUUCCCUGGUCUGUGCUUUCUUGCUGCUCUCCCUUCUCCUAGUGUUUUUGUGAGGCAUUGGGGUCCCAGGAAUUCCACUGUCCUCGCCCUCAGCAGAAGGUGAGAAGGUGUAUCCCACCCUUCUGUGCUGUGUCGAUAUCACACAUCAGCAUAUCUCCACUCCCACGAGGCUGUCAGUGCAGAGUCCAAGUUCCUGAGCUCAGUGCCGUCUGUGGGUCCUCGACACCAGGAAGGCCCCAAGGUUCUCUUUGUUCUACUGUAUCUGCAGCGCUGGGAAUGGGGCCCAGAGCCUCCGCCCCGAGCUGUGCCCUUAUCUGCCCCACAGUGAUGGGAGGACUUGGCCCCAAGGAGCAUAUUUACACUGUUACCAGAGAAGCAUGUUAAUCAGGAUUACAUCAUUUUCCAGCAAUUAAAGGGAAAGGGAAUUUUUAUUGUGAACUUUUCUGGAAUAAACAUGAAUUGGCCAUUUUA